CCUCAGGCCGGCAGCCAAAGGGGUCCAGACACCGGCAAGGUGGCGAGCCUCAGCACCCUGGGGUUCUGAGGGCCCUUGUGAUGCCACAUCCUGGAGGCCUCCGAGAUUCCUCCAGUUCCUGCAGGAUCCUGGCCAAAGAGAGCCUUUCAUCUCUUGUCCGAUCGUCUCCCAGUUCAUUGCCCCAUUUUCCUUUUGUCUUCGUCAGUGCUGGAAGGGACCUGCCUGGCCCAGUGCACUCAUUUUACAGAUAGAGAAACUGAGAUCCGGAGAGAGGGAGGGGAUUGACUGAUCCAAGUUGUGUCAGAGCAGUGGUGGAAUUGCCUUCUAAACCAGUUGCUCCUCUCUACACACCUCCAGGGACUUGUUAUUUUUACUCCUCUAACAAACCCCUUCCCAAAUUAGACCUGCCCUCAUAUGUAAAAAUGAGAAGUCUGUCUAGUCCUAUCCAACACCUAUCUAGUCCAAUAGGUGUUUAAGGUCCUUUUCGGCACAAAAUCUAUGAUUUUAUGACAGCUAGAUACUUCCAACCCCAGUUGUCCCAAGCCAGAUUUUGCUUUCAAGAUAGUCCCUCUAACCAAAAAAAAAAAGGGGAGGGGUGGGCAUAUUUGCAAUAGGAAUGGGAUAAACAUUUAUUAAGCUUUACUGUAUCCCAGGCAUUAAAAAUAUCUGCCUUGAUUUUCAGAACAACUCUUAGAAGAAGAUGUAAUUAUGAUUCCCAUUUUACGGUUAAGAUAACUGAGGCGGACAGAGGUUAAGUGACUACACUUACACAGCUAGGAAGUGUCUGAAUUUCAACUAGGGUCUAAUAACUCCAAGCCAAGCCCGCUAUUCACCUCCUCUCUCUCCUCUGAGACAUCUAUUUCACUUCUUCCCAAUUUUCCCCCAAGGUCUUUCUCUUUUGAUAUCAAUCCCCACUACUUAACAUACUCACAUGAACUAGGUCUCUCCACAGACAUUUCCCUUCCCCUUUCUCCUUUUUCCAUCAAAACCCAAAUGGAUUCAGAGUCUUAUUUAGAAAGACUGGGUUGGUAGGGCUUGAUGGGAAUGAGCAAGUGCCUAGGUUGUCAGCUCACCAAAUGGGUGUGUUUUCUCAGUAGCUCUCUCCCGGCCUCCUUAGAGCCUGGGUUUUUUGUUUGUUCGUUUUGGUUUUUUAGGCUUCUGGAAUAUAAUAUGGCUCGAGUGUCUAUGCUCAGGAUUGGGUUGAGCUGUUCUGGCCAAUUGUAAUGCAACACCGGAGUGAACAAGGCCAGAUCUGUAUAUGCCAAUUACAGACAAAUUCACAGAGAGUGUUUACGUCCUGGCCAACGAGCCAUCUGUGGCACUGUAUCGCCUACAGGAACACGUGAGGCGCUCCCUGCCGGAGUUAGCCCAACAUAAGUCUGACAUGCAGACCUGGGAGGAACAGAGCCAGGGAGCCAUCUAUACAGUGGAAUACGCUUGCAGUGCUGUGAAGAACUUGAUGGAUAGCAGCAUUCAUUUUCGAAGCAUUGAGGGCUUGCUGAAACAGGCCAUCAGCAUCAAGGACCAGCUGAAUUCUUCUCAGGGUCGAAGCCCUGCUGACACGAAGCCUCCUUCCUUGGCCUGAUUUUUGGAUGAGGCAAAUCUUUCUCCACCUUCCCAGGCAGCAAAGGCCCCCAGAAGACCAGUCAGGCUCAGAAGUCAGAAGCCAGAAGCGCCAAGGAAGAGAAAAGGUCCCUUGUCUUGCCAGCACUUGUCUCAACCCCCCUUGACUCAGAGGUUCCUGUGACCUCAAUGGGUGUGUGUCAGAUUGGUCCCUAAAAAAUAUGAGCAGAAGACAUUUCUGAAAA